GAAUUGGCAGAGAUAAUUGACCCCGAUUCUCAACAAACAGCGAGUAUCAGAGCUGCAGUAUGUCCCAUUUACUCUGCUGCUGCUGCUUCUCCCAUGAAAGCAACGAAAACGAGAGACAGCCGCUCCUGCAACCUACAUCCUCAGAACCAACUAAAGCUGAAUCAGCGAGACAAAAACCAGCACACAUUGAUGCACAGGAGCAAAGGCGCAGUGGCAAGUUGGUGAUGAGGCGAGUGUGUGUGUCAGAGCUGGACAAGAGGUUCUCUGAUGUGGCAGAGACCUUCAAUGAGCAGCAUGACCACUACAAGACAAUGGUGAAACACAUCAUCAACCUGCGACAGAACUAUGGAUGUAACCAUGACAACACAUUGCUUCUAUAUGAAUGUGUGAAGAAGAUCAGAGAGGAGCAUGGAGCCCGGUAUAGGGUAGCUGUUCAGAUGAAGGGCUAUGAUUUCUCUCUUUUUGUUGUUCUGCUGAGCCCAAAGGGUGAACUGGAGGAGACGCUGCCUCCCUGCCUGCAGUUGGCUCAGGAUGAGCUGAAGAGUGUGUCUCUGGCCGCCAAGGCCAUCAUCUCAGUGGGAACCAAACUCCAGGAGCUGAUUGGUUGGCUUCUCCGUAGCGAGGAGCAGAUGGCUGAGCAGGUGAAGGAGGCAGCACCAAACUACCAGGAGCAGCAGAGGCUGGAUGAGAACCUGCAGGAGAGCUUGAAAGAAGUGAUGAGGGCAAAAGAGAUGUCACUGAAAUACAAGCAACAGGCUGGGGAGGUCCUUACGGAGGCUGCUCAGAUGGCAGGAAUUAACCUUUAGUUAUAUAUAUAUACAUACACACACGCACAAACCCAUGCACAUUGGAAUGAAAUUCCAUAUCAAUUAGGUGUACAUACAAUAGGUUACUACUGUAUGCUGUUCUGGAACUACUCCUAAAAUAAUGAAAAUGGGGGGAGGGGGUCUUUU